UUAAGUAACAACAACACAGUCGCUUUCGCUUCCACUUCUCGAUUCCGACAUGGCUUGGGGAUUUUUGUCCGUGUCUCUCUUCUUGUUCGUCGUUUUCAAUCUAGUGCGUGCUAAGAAAGUUUUAGAAGAUGGGUACGAAGUUACGACGGUGGUCGACGGCCACAAGUCUGGUCUGAAUCCAUACACGAUUCAUGCUUUACCAGGAUCUUCUAAUCUGAUCGUCCUUGAUUCUUCCGGCAGUUCCUUCUACACUACUUCCUUUCCUGUGUCCGUCGAUAGUGUGAUAAACCGGUUUGCUGGCGAUGGGACUUCGGGCCAUCUAGAUGGUAAAGCUGGUAACAGCCGGUUCAACAAACCCCAUGGUUUUGCUAUCGAUGCGAAAGGCAAUGUGUAUGUUGCUGAUAGGAGCAAUAAAGCUAUACGCAAGAUCAGCUCUUCAGGUUAUGUAACCACCAUUGCUGGAGGGAUCUCACAGGAAUUUGGACACAGAGAUGGACCUGCACAGAAUGCAACUUUCUCUCCAGAUUUCGAGAUAACUUUUGUUCCUCAAAGAUGUUGUUUGCUUGUUUCUGACCAUGGAAGCCAAAUGGUUCGCCAGAUAAAUCUAAAGGAGGAGGAUUGUCUCAAAAGCUCUCAUUCUAAUUUAGGGACAUACUCUCUUUGGUCAAUGGGGAUCGUCCUUUCAUGCUUUCUCGGGGUAGCCAUUGGAUUUGCUGUUCGCCCUUACAUCAUUCGUCAUGAAGAAGGGAACCACCUCUCGUUCAUCAUGACAUGGAAGCUUCUCCUAACCAAAUUGGGGGAACAAGUUCUGAUCUUCUUCUCCUACGUUAGUUACCGAGUUGCUGGAUCCACCGUUUAUUCAGUACUAAGUAGAGUAGUUAUGAUGAUCAUAUCUCACCUUUCCCUCAUGUAUUCUGCCCUAAGUAGAUUAGUUAGUUCGAUGGUUUCUAGCCUUUUCUUCUUGUGUCAACCCAAUAAUGUAGCUAUUUUAGACAACUCAAGCUCUGUGUCUGAUCCCGAUAGUCCAGGUUGCAGCGACCCAAAGCCGCCGCUUUCAUUGAAACCGUCUGAUGAUCUUAAGGACCUAAUAAGCUUUGAUGAUGAACAAGAAACCAACACUGAAGAGACAGACACUAGUUUGUCUCUUCCUCGUGGAACUAUAGAUGACAUUAUAAAGGUUCAGGUUGAAGGAUUUUCAAAGAAUGCUGCAGCUCGUGGUUCUUCAUCUGCUGAGUAGCUUCCAGUUCAAAGCACAUGGCAGAGAAAGUAUGUAAUAUAUAUCUUUUGUAAAUGUAAUAUUUGACAUUCAAAGUUUGGUGGAGUUGCAAAAAAAAAAUUUCUUAUUGAA